UUACUCGUAGUUCCCAUAUAUCCGACAGCUCCUGAACGCAACAGCAGACUGACUGGCUCUGUGAAGAUGGCGGACUGUAUACGUGUUCCUCUGCUCCUGCUUUUGAUGUGCAUCUUGUCGUUUGUGCAUCCAGUUGCAGCAGACAACAAUGCCAUCAAAUCGGUCCCCAGUGGUGUAAACUUACAGAAUCUAGGCGGGGGUCCGGUCCCCGUGAAUCCCGGAGCAGUUGAGAGGAACCAAGGCGCCGGGGCCUCGGUGUCUCGGAGGCGCUCUACCGGCUGGAAGUUGGCUGAGGAGGCGGUGUGCAGGGAGGACCUGACCCGGCUUUGCCCCAAACAUUCAUGGAGCAACAACCUGGCGGUCCUGGAAUGUCUUCAAGACAAGAAAGAGGAAACGGAAAUUGCUGCUGAAUGCAACCAUCUCCUGUGGAACUACAAGCUGAACCUCACCACUGACCCAAAGUUUGAAUCUGUAGCAGUGGAGGUCUGUAAGACGACCAUCUCUGAGAUUAAGGAAUGUGCAGCAGAGGAGCUGGGAAAAGGCUACCUGGUGUCCUGCCUGGUGGAUCACCGUGGCAACAUCACGGACUACCAGUGUAGCCAAUACAUUACCAAGAUGACCACCAUCGUCUUCAGUGACUACCGGCUCAUCUGUGGCUUCAUGGACAAAUGUCACGAUGACAUCAACACUCUGCACUGCGGUAGCAUCAGCACUGGAGAGAAGGACAUCCACUCUCAGGGUGAGGUGAUUGCCUGUCUGGAAAAAGGUUUAGUGCGGGAGGCCGAGGAGCAGCCAGGAGCACAUGCCAUCAAGGAUGAGUGUAAAAAGGCCAUCAUGAGAGUCGCUGAGCUCUCCUCCGAUGACUUUCACCUUGACCGCUACCUUUACUUCGCCUGUAGAGAAGACCGGGAACGCUUCUGUGAAAAUAUAAUGGCCGGGGAAGGAAGAGUUUACAAAUGUCUCUUCAACCAUAAGUUUGAGGAGGCCAUGUCUGAGAGGUGCCGUGAGGCUCUGACCACCAGGCAGAAGCUGAUUGCUCAGGACUACAAGGUGAGCUACUCACUCGCCAAAGCCUGCAAGUCGGACCUGAGGAAGUAUCGCUGCAGCGUCGACACCAACAUGCCUCGAGCUCGAGAAGCUCGUCUGUCUUAUCUGCUGCUCUGUCUGGAGUCUGCUGUGCAUCGAGGACGCGUGGUCAGUGGCGAGUGUCAGGGUGAGAUGAUGGAUUACAGGCGAAUGCUGAUGGAGGAUUUCUCUCUGAGUCCUGAGAUCGUGCUGCACUGUCGCAGUGAGAUCGAGGGUCAUUGUUCCGGUCUGCACCGCAAGGGACGAACACUGCACUGUCUGAUGAGGGUCGGCCGAGGAGACAUGGGAGCCAUCGAACCCAACUGUCAGAAGGCGCUCCAGACGCUGAUCCAGGAAGCCGACCCCGGAGCCGACUACCGCAUCGACCGGGCUCUUAACGAGGCCUGUGAGUCUGUCAUCCAGACGGCCUGCAAGCACAUCCGCAACGGUGACCCCAUGAUCCUGUCGUGUCUGAUGGAACACCUGUACACGGAAAAGAUGGUGGAGGACUGUGAGCACAGACUGUUGGAGCUGCAGUACUUCAUCGCCAGAGACUGGAAGUUGGAUCCGAUCCUGUAUAAAAAAUGUCAGGGUGACGCGUCCCGUCUCUGCCAUACUCACGGCUGGAAUGAGACCAGCGAGAUGAUGCCGCCUGGCGCCAUUUUCUCCUGUCUGUAUCGCCAUGCCUAUCGCUCUGUGGAGCAGGGACGGAGGCUCCCCACUGGGGCGUCUGAAGCAGAAAACCACGGUUCAACUCUCUCCCGGGACUGUAAGGUGGAGGUACAGAGGAUUCUCCACCAGAGGGCGCUGGAUGUGAAGCUGGACCCUGAGCUGCAGAGACGAUGUAUGACCGACCUGGGGAAGUGGUGCAGCGAGAAAACGGAGGCCGGGCAGGAGCUGGAAUGUCUGCAGGAUCAUCUGGAGGAUCUGGUGCUUGACUGCAGAGAUGUGGUGGGAAACCUGACGGAGCUGGAGUCAGAGGACAUCCAGAUUGAGGCCCUCCUGAUGCGAGCUUGUGAACCUGUCAUUCAGACCUACUGUCAUGAGGUCGCUGAUAAUCAGAUCGACACUGGUGACCUGAUGGAGUGUUUGGUCCAGAACAAACACCAGAAGGAAAUGAAUGAGAAGUGUGUGGUGGGAGUAACACACUUCCAGCUGAUACAGAUCAAAGAUUUCCGUUUCUCCUACAAGUUCAAGACAGCCUGCAAGGAAGACGUCCUCAAACUGUGUCCCAACAUCAAGAAGAAGGUGGAUGUUGUGAUCUGCCUCAGCACCACGGUGAGGAACGACACCCUGCAGGACGCCAAAGAGCAGCGAGUGUCCAUCAAAUGCCGCAAACAGCUGCGGGUGGAGGAGGUGGAGAUGUCAGAGGACAUCCGCCUUGAACCAGAACUGUACGACUCCUGCAAGCACGACAUCAAGGAGCUGUGUCAGAAUGUGGCCUUUGGCAACGCACAGGUUAUCGAGUGUCUGAAGGAAAAAAAGCACCAUCUGUCGCAGCGUUGCCACCAGAGGAUCUUCAAGCUGCAGGAGGUGGAGAUGGUUGAUCCUGAACUCGACUACCAGUUAAUGAGAGUCUGCAAGCACAUGAUCAGGCGGUUCUGCACAGAGUCGGAGGGAAAGAACGUACUUCAGUGUCUGAAGCAGAACAAGAACAGCGAGCUGAUGGAUCCUAAAUGCAAACAGAUGAUCACCAAGAGACAGAUCACCCAGAACACAGACUACAGGUUGAACCCAGUGCUGAGGAAGGCUUGUAAAGCUGACAUCCCAAAGUUCUGUCAGUCCAUCCUGACCAAGGCCACGGCUGACAGUGAGCUGGAGGGUCAGGUCAUCUCCUGCCUCAAACUCAAAUACGCCGACCAGCGUUUGUCUCCAGACUGUGAGGAUCAGAUCCGGGUCAUCUUGCAGGAGUCAGCACUGGACUACAGGCUGGACCCUCAGCUGCAGAUCCACUGCACUCAAGAGAUCUACAAGCUUUGUCCAGAGGAGGCUGCAGCUCAGGAGCAGACAGGACAGGUGGAGGAGUGCCUGAAGGUCAACCUGCUGAAGAUUAAACAAGAAGCAUGUAAGAAGGAGGUGUUAAACAUGCUGAAGGAGAGUAAAGCGGACAUCUUCGUCGACCCCGUCCUUCACACAGCCUGCGCUCUGGACAUCAAACACCACUGUGCCGCUAUCCCACCCGGCAAAGGACGGCAGAUGUCGUGCCUGAUGGAGGCGCUGCAGGACAAACGAGUUCGUCUGCAACCAGAGUGCAAGAAGAGACUUCAGGAUCGCAUUGAGAUGUGGGGCUACGCUGCCAAGGUGGCUCCUGCUGACGGCUUCUCAGACCUGGCCAUGCAGGUCAUGACAUCACCGUCCAAGAACUACAUCCUAACUGUGAUCGGUGCUGGCGUGGCACUGCUCUUCCUGAUGGGGCUGUUCUGUGGCAGAUUCACCAAACGAGUCACUCAGGAGCUUAAGGACAGGUAGGCUUCCGCCCACUGCGGGGUCAGGACAUGCCCACAGGAGAACCGACCGCCACUGAAAAGGACCCCCUCCAUCGUUUACCCCCUGAAGCCCCUCUACUAACCCUUUUCUCACCCUGAAAAAGCGUCCGCCGGAUCACCCUCAUCUUUACUUCUUCUGUUGCCACCCCUUUUAAUUGUCUUCCCCGCCUCCAAGCUUUUUCCCUAAAGGGGGGCAUCCACAUGGGAAUGACAUGGCCCACGAUCCUAAAGUGGGCGUGACCAGCAGCUCCCCCUGCUCUUUCUCUACAUGCGACCCACCUACUCUGCUCUACAGUGGGGUAUGUGCUCUUCCUGAGCUUCGUGCCAGCUCCUCCUGCAGUUUUACCGCUCACUCGUCGGAUGUAGAUGCACUAUGACUCUGCUGCGACGCUGGGGUGAAGACAGGGAAGGGGAGUGGGUGGUGUGGGUUGCAAGGAUAUAGGGUCAGAGGUCAAGAGUUAGGGAUGAGUUUGGUGAAGUGAAUCAUAUUAAGUGUAAAUGUGUAGAAAGUGGGAUGGGGAAAAAUGCUCACGUAUAGAGCAGUUUAAUGACUCCGUGAUUUUAAUGACAAAACUGCGUGUUGGUGUGGAGCUGUGUGUGUGCGCGUGUGUGAGUGAGAGCGUGAGCAAGAGUGUGUGUGUAAGGUCCAAACUGUCUUUCUACCACCAUAUUCUUCUUGUUUGUCCUUCUGCUAAAAGGUUUUUGGGGGUUGUUUUACAGUUUUAUGUUGAUAUGUGUGUGAUUUGAUCGCCAUGGGACUGCCAGGUGGGCGGUACCAACCGGGCCAGCCCUCCAACGAUCCACGGUUGAGAUAAAGAAACUCUCCCACACUGCUUGCUCCAUAUCUCGUCCUACAACAGGAAUUAAUCCACAUUAUCGGAUCACUUGCUUUUUUUUUUUCUUUUGGAAACCGCCGUCCUGGCAUCAUCAGCUCUCCAUUACUGCAGUCUGGCUUUUUUUUUUUUUCUCCUUUUGUCAGAACCCAACCUGUGCCAUAAAAGCACCACGUCCACCUGCUGAUCCCAGUUCAGCUGCUUGCGUCAUUCCCACCGUGGGUGGGAGAAUUGUUGUACAUCACACUCUCUGCCUUGAAAACCUCGGCCUGAGCAGACAGACUGGACAAAGUGACUUUUUUUUUUUUUCCCAUGAACUCGCAGAGGGGCUGUCGGUAUCGCACCGGUUGGUACGGAAAAUCUGAGAGCAAUGCCGGAAAAAAACAAAAACAAAACAAAAACAAACGUAGAGAUGUGAACGUUUUGUGUAAAGAUGAUACUGGAAUCAUUGCACAUUUUUGUUCUUUUUUUAUAUCUAUAAAUAUAUAUAUAUUGUUUUCUCAUAGCCUUAUUUAUUUGUUUACUAAUGGUCAAUGUUUUUUUUCCCCCUCAUGAGUUGAAUGUUCUCUGGUUGCCUUUUCUUCAGUAAGAAUCCUUCCUGCAGGGGGAAGAGGGGGCAGGAGAGAUAGGAAACAGGCAGUGGAGGUCUGAUAUCCUCCAGGCAUCAACCUGCUUCAGUAGGUCUGAUCAUUCAUGUAGUGCAGUAAACGCCUCAUGGGUUCUUUACGUAGGACAGCAAACACCUCUUUAGGACACAGACUGAACGAGACGGAUGUGGCGCUCGGAGAGCAUUUCAUCAACAUCAGCUGUAUUUAAGAGCAGCUGAAAAUAGCUCAGUUGGUUUUCUAUCCCAAAUCACAAAAGUUGUCUGAUACGAGCUUGGUGAAAGUGACAGAAAUGUAAUGAAAAUAAGAAGUGUGAACAUGAGAACACAGAGGAUGAUGACUGGUGUCAAACAGACAUACACAGGAAGAAAAAUUCAAAGUGACUGCUGGGGAAGUUGCACAACAGACAAAAGCUCCAUCACAAUGAGUGUUGUGUAUCUUUGGGAUUUCAUUAGGAAGAAAAAGACGAAUGGAUGCUGAAAGUGAUUGGUGGUGGCGAGCCCUAAAAGGACCUUAAUGUCCGCGAUGAAAAAAAUGAAUAAAAUAAUACAAUUCUAAAUGAAACAGAAGCUCUUUGUUUCUGGAUCUGGUGUGUGUGUGAUGCUCAACCUGCUGGUGGUGCGUUAGGAGGAAGUCUUUUUAACUGGUCAUUGCAGUGUCACCAUGUCUUCGAGCUUUUUGGUCUCGGGUUAAUAAAGACAGAAACGAGUCUUUCUUGCUUUUAGUGCAACACUUACUGAGGGUCUCUCCUCUGCCAGCUCGAGCCGAUCAUGUGUACAUGUGUAUCUAUACUGAGUGAUGACAUACUGUAAACUAUGUACUGUGCGGUUAGCCUGUACUGUUCUCCUCUCUUUUUCUGUUUGUUGAAGCUUGGUGUGGUGAGCGCUGCCCUCGCUGCUUGUAAAUGAGACGUUCUGAUUCUUUCAACGGCCUUGACUUUGUUUCCCAUCUGACAGUUUCUAUCUAAGCGUGCCUAAUCGCCAUCCCACCGACGGGCCCCACUGUACAGAACAUCCCAGAACCCGCUGCAGCUUCCAGCAGAGUAGUGGGCAUGUGACUGUGUUCAUGUCUUCAUGUGAUGGAUGACGUGUUUUCACGUUUGUGUGUGUCUGUGUGUGUCUGUGUGUUGCCCACAGAUUCCCGACUCUGCAGGAAGCUGUUUGAUCUCCAGUCGGUUCCUAUUCUCGUUGUCCAAAGCGAUGAUGGCUUGAACAUCUGAUUAUAAAUUUAUGAGAAUCCUUUUGUAAACAACGUUUUACAUUUGAAACCAUGGAGCUUCAGGUCGUCAGAAUUAUAUUUUUUUUCCUUGUCCACUUUUUGGUUUCUUUUUGUUGGUCUGUACAGAUGAAAAUGGACAGUUUGUUAAUAACAAUAAAGUCUGCAAGGUUUCUA